GGAAAUCAAACUAGGUAUUAAUUGGGGAGGAAAGAAAUCAAGAAGCCAAAGGAGGUUGCUUGAAUCGACGGCUGAGUCUGAAUUCAGCUCGAGUCGUCUUCUUCUUCUUCUUCUCUCGAAUUCCGCGCUCCUCAAAGCUUCUUCUUAUAGAUAGAUAGAUAGAUAGAUAGAUCUCCCUAUUUUCUUCCAGAUUUGCAUGGAGUCUCCUGCCUCUCCACUGGAUCCCGUCUCGUCAUUGGCUCCGGAGUUGCAUGUGACCAGCCAGCCUGAAAAUGAACAAAACGAUCCAGCCGUAGUACUCGGAGCUUCAAUUCACCAAUCUUUUUCUCCGUCGGCGGAAAGCAACGGAGGAGGAAGGCCGCUUUCUUGGAAUUCCAGUGAUGAAAUGGCGCCUGAACAACGACACUCUUCGGAGGAGUUUACUAGAGAGAAAAGAUUGAGGUCUGGUAGUCGUUCUUAUUCAAUUGAGCCGUGUUGUUCUAAAAUAGCUCGAAGGUCUCCGAGACUACUGUCAUCUGAUGUCAAAUCUGAUUUGCUGGCAACAUCUCCGAUCCAAGGACGUUUGAGAUCCCGAAACACUUCGGCAGGCUCAUCAACCAAUCAUGGAAAUGGGGACCAGACAAAGAUGCGUAGAGGCAGGAAUUCAUCUGAAAUAGUUCAAGAAGAACACAUGGAGACAAAAAAGAGAUACAAGUCUGUAUCUUUCUUUGUUGGUGAACCAAUCCCCGAAGAGGAAGCUCGAGAAAGGUGGCGCUGGCGAUAUGAACUCAAGAGUUUGCAGAGUCAGAGAUCCAAGGACCAAAGCUGGAAAUUGAAUGCUGAUGAAGAGGAUGAGAUAAUUCUGAAUGUACGCUGCCAUUAUGCUCAAGCUAAAGUUGGUAGAAACAUCUUCAAUCCUGGAGAUUGUGCAUACAUUAAGGGUGAUGGAAAACAGAAACAUAUUGGAAGGAUCAUGGAAUUUUUUCAAACAACAGAUGGAGAUGACUAUUUCAGGGUUCAAUGGUUUUUUAGAGCAGAAGAUACAGUUAUGAAGCAACAAGCUUCUUUCCAUAACAAAAAACGUUUGUUUAGUUCUACUGUAAUGAAUGACAAUCCAUUAGAUUGCAUUAUAUCGAAAGUCAACGUUGUUCAACAACCUCUAGCGCUAGGCAUAAAACCAAUGUCUCUUUCACCAUCGGACUUUUACUAUGACAUGGAAUAUUCUGUUGAAUACUCAACAUUUCGCACAUUAUCUGAUAAUCCUUUGGAUAAGUAUGAACUUUCGUCAGAUGAUAAAGUGGAGGCAUUUGGAAAUAUGAUGACCCAUAGUUCUUUGGAGAAUAUUCUUACUUGUGAACCUCUUAAAGAUGAGUUUGCAUUAUUAGAUCUUUACUCUGGUUGCGGAGGAAUGUCAACUGGGUUGUGCCUUGGUGCCAAACUUUCAAGGGUUAAUCUUGUUACGAAAUGGGCGGUUGAUGGUAGUAGAUCUGCAUGUGAUAGCUUGAAAAUGAACCAUCCAGAAGCACAGGUAAGACAUGAAAAUGCUGAGGAUUUUCUAGAGCUUCUAAAGGAAUGGGAAAAACUUUGCGGCAAGUAUGUAUUCAAUAGUUCAAAUAGCACAGAUGGAUCUAUACUGGAAGAGAGGAAAAUAGUGGAUGACGAAUUGCCAAUGGUCAAUAAGACAUCUGCAGGGGAAUAUGAAGUUCUACACAUAGUUGAUAUUUGCUAUGGAGAUCCCUAUGAAACAGGCAAACAAGGAGUGAAAUUUAAGGUGCGGUGGAAGGGAUACAGUUCAAGUGAUGAUACAUGGGAGCCUAUUGAAGGACUGGGGAAUUGCUUAGAAUGCUUAGAGGAGUUUGUAAGAUGUGGAUUUAAAUCAAAACUAUUGCCCCUUCCGGGUGAUGUUGAUGUGCUCUGUGGAGGUCCCCCAUGCCAGGGGAUUAGUGGUUAUAAUCGUUUCAGAAAUACAACUUCCCCACUGGAGGAUGAAAGAAAUCGUCAAAUUAUUGUUUUUAUGGACAUAGUGAAAUUCUUAAAGCCUAAAUAUGUCUUGAUGGAAAAUGUGACUGAUAUAUUGAAGUUUGAUAAAGCUUCUCUUGCAAGAUACGCAUUAAGUCGUUUGGUGCAUAUGAACUACCAAGCAAGGAUGGGAACCAUGGCUGCCGGUUGUUAUGGGCUUCCACAAUUUCGGCUACGUGUUUUCUUCUGGGGUGCUCUUCUUACUGAGAAAUUACCUCAAUUCCCACUCCCUACUCAUGAUGUUAUUGUUAGAUAUUGGCCACCAACUGAGUUUCAGCAAAAUACUGUUGCUUACAAUGAAGGCGAACAUCCUGACCUUGAAGAAGCCCUUGUUCUUCGUGAUGCUAUCUCUGAUCUUCCAUCUGUCUCAGCCAAAGAAAUGUCUGAACAGAUGAGUUAUGUAAAGCCUCCAGAAUCAGAGUUCCAGAAAUUUAUAAGGUUAACCAAAGAUGAGAUGGUAGGCUGUACUCCAAGUGGAUUAGAGAAUGCUACCAAAUCUCUGUUAUAUGAUCAUCAGAAUUAUCUUGUAUCCGAAGAUAAUUAUUUGCGAAUUUGUCAAAUACCUCAUAAAAAGGGAGCAAAUUUCCGGGACUUCCCUGGUGUGCUUGUUGGGCAUAACAAUGUGGUUUAUCGGGAUCCCACAAAAGAUAUCAUAAAACUGCCAUCGGGAAAUCCACUCGUACCUGAUUAUGUCUUUACCUUUGAAGAUGGAAAAUCUAAAAGACCUUUUGGAAGAUUAUGGUGGGAUGAGACAGUACCCACUGUGGUUACUUUCCCCGAUAACCGGAGUCAGGUAGCUUUGCAUCCAGAACAAGACCGACCACUUACUACCAGAGAAUAUGCAAGACUUCAAGGUUUUCCUGAUUUUUACAGGUUUAGUGGGACAAUUAAAGAAAGGUAUCGUCAAGUGGGAAACGCUGUAGCUGUUAACGUUUCGCGUGCUUUGGGAUAUGGGCUAGGCAUGGCCAUCCAAAAAAUUGGUGGGAAUUCUCCAUUGAUGAAGCUGCCACCUAAAUUUGCACAUCAGACAAGGCCCACUGAUGAGGUGCAACAGCUUUGAUAAUUCUUUGCAUUCAUUUAGCUUUAAAACUUAAUUCAUUGGUUUCGAAUUUCAAUGAUAAAAGUUAUUGCUAAUUUGUCGCCAUUUAGUCUCUUUUUUGGGAACUGUUGUUGUAACUAUAACUCUAAUUUCACACCAUUUUACUCAUGUAACAACUUACACAUAAGUGUUGCACAUAACUAAAUUCUCCAAGUUCAUUAAUAAUUGCAACCUUUUUCUCUU